AUGAGUGACGACGCAAGUAAUAAUCAACCGAAUAACAGUUCGACGUCUUCAUCUACACCACCUCCACAACAAGAUAAUAAUGGCAAUGUAUUUGGAAAAAUGCAACAGCAUAUUCGAACGAAUAAAGUCGACGUAGCUAUGUGGGCUACACGCAUACUCACAGUACUCUUUACAUUCAGCUACUUGGUACCGCUAAUAAGUAAUCAACAGAGCUCAUUUAACAAAGUAUUACUAUCGAAUGCAGCGACGUCAGCACUACGCCUACAUCAGCGUUUACCUUCGUUUGCAUUUACGAGGGAAUUUUUGGCCCGCCUCUUUAUUGAAGAUUCCUGCCAUUAUCUUAUGUUUUCGUUAAUAUUUUUUAAUGUGCAACCCACAUUGCUAAUUCUCAUUCCAAUUGUUUUGUUCGCCGUAUUACAUGCAUCCAGUUACUCAUUAAAAUUAUUAGACAUUAUUGGCCAAAACUCUUGGUAGGGAGCAAGAUUCUUAAUUUCGUUGGUUGAGUUCCAAAUAGUAAUAUUUUGAAGGCUGCAGCUUUUGCUGAGAUUUUUAUUAUGCCAUUGGCUAUUGUUUUCAC